GUUCUGGUGGUUCUGGUGGCUAUGGCUCUGUGACCCUGCCAGAGGGGAGGAGUGUGUGUGGGUCAGCAGUGAUGCUGAGUCUGGCCCGAUACAGGUGCUCAGUGGAAGGAAGCUCAGUCCCGCUGAUCUGACCGGGCCACCUGCUGCAGUGUGUGUCUGUCCUGUUUGGUGGCUGAACGGAACCACACAGUGAUGGAGGACACUAAAACAAAGCAAAGGACUCUGAACACGAGCAGCGGCUCUGGAGGAAAACACCGGGGAUCCAUGACAGCACGGCUGCACUUACACGUGGCUUCGCACAAUAUUAACACAAAAAAUACUUUCAACAAGGCUUCACAAGAGACAAGAUUUGCAUGACCUGGUUACGGGAGCAAGACAAGAAGAGGCCUGAAACACAGGUAAAAGUGAAGGAGAUGGAGUAUGUGUAGAAAAGAACCACAGAAGAUCAGAAGGAGCAUCUAAGUAAUUAUGACCAGUACAACUAAAGACACUGGGGACAUACAGUAUAUUGGAAAUUUAGAUCAGCUGUUCUUCAUAACAUAGCAGCUAAAUGUGUAAACCUGAACUCUGAUGUAAACUAGCAAUUGUAGCUUCACUAUAAAGCAUGUGUUGGUUCAGGAAAUGAAAAUCUUCGAGCAUCUGGUCUUUUUAGCUUAACUUUCUCUACUUUGGUUUAGGAGAUUAUUUAAUAAACAAAGUCUCUGGCAGCAGCAUGUUGAUCUGAGUAUUAACUUACAGUAAAGGCCACUGACGAGUGACUGAACCUUCACACACUGAGUACAAUCUCUCUUAACUCAACUACCUCAGUAAUUCAUAUAAUGAGAUGAAUCAAACCACAAUAAUAUUAGUAAAAAAUAGUGUGAUGAAUAUGAAACAUUAUAUUCUCAGAGUCUCCAUGUUAAGUAGACUGGGCUCAGCCCACGUCAGGGACACGUGAAUCCAGCUCUACCCUAAAGGUGGUUUCGCAUCCAUACCAGCUGCGUGUGUGUGACGCUGAAGGCUCCUCCUUCUCAGCACCAGCCUCCAGAGCUGCUGCCGCUUCUGCGCUACACUGGACCCUAAGCUGAUCCGAGACAGGCCUGAUCCUGUUGGGUCCGUCUGGCUCUGUUUGGUUCUUAAGGUAACACAGGACAUGAGCAGAGAAGCCACCCAGAGCAACUGAGCAGGAUGUCACAGAACCGGUCCUCGCUAAGGCUGUUUUCACUGGCUCCAGCCACCAACACCUCCCAUUCCCCCCCUAUGUCAGACUGGGAGCCUCCCAGUUUCACUCGAGCCGCUCAGAUCCGCGUGGGGGCCAUUUUUGUCCUCUUCCUGCUGGCAGCCUGCAGUAACCUUGCCCUAUUGGCCAGCGUGUGGUGUGGGCGUGGCCGGCGCCUGGCAUCUCACCUACGGCCACUGAUGCUGAGCCUGGCGUCCGCUGACCUGAUGAUGACGUUUGUGGUGAUGCCUCUGGACGCAGUGUGGAACGUGACGGUGCAGUGGUACGGAGGAGACGCGCUCUGCAAGCUGCUCUGCUUCCUGAAGCUUUUCGCCAUGCAGGCCUCCGCCUUCAUCCUUGUGGUCAUCAGCCUCGACCGCCAGCACGCCAUCCUCUACCCACUGGAUGCGCUGAGAGCACACCGCAGGAACCGCCACAUGCUGCUGAUUGCCUGGAGCCUCAGCCUGCUUCUUGCAUCACCACAGCUGUUCAUCUUCCGAGCCAUCCGAGUGGAGGCCCUGGAUUUCACUCAGUGUGUGACUCAUGGCAGCUUCAGCCGCCACUGGCAGGAGACACUGUACAACAUGUUCCAGUUCACCACAUUGUACAUCGUCCCCCUGCUGGUGAUGACCUGCUGCUACGGCCGCAUCCUACUGCACAUCCACCAGCAGCACGUUAGGGACAAAGCAGGUGAGUCGUACCUGCGCCGCAGUGGCACUGACAUCAUCCCAAAGGCCCGGAUGAAGACUCUGAAGAUGACCGUGGUCAUCGUGCUGACCUUUGUGGUGUGCUGGACUCCAUACUACCUGCUGGGGAUCUGGUACUGGUUCCAGCCAGACAUGCUGCAGGUCACACCUGAGUACGUACACCACGGGCUCUUUGUGUUUGGGAACUUAAACACCUGCUGCGAUCCAGUCAUCUACGGCUUCUACACGCCGUCCUUCAGGGCCGAUCUGGCAGCCUGCUGCCGCUGGAUGUUCGGUGAUCCGUCACCACCGUCCCCGAACCGUCUGUCUGCCAGACCUGGGCCUCCCAGAGGGGAACUAGACCCUGCCACCAGCAACCAGGAGGCAAAAUGAAAUGAACGAAAGUCACUGGUUAGGGCGAAGUUUGUAAAUUGAGGAUGUGUUGGAUUAUGUCCAUUGAUUAGGUGAAAGAAGUCCAACUGCUGAUUUAAGAUGUCAAUGAUCAACAGGUACUGGAACCGACUGGCAUUGAAUGUCAGCCAACCAUUGCAUGGAACCCAUGCAUGGUACCACUACAAGGAGCCACUGCAAGGAACCACAACAUGGAACCACUGCACGGAACCACUGCAUGGAACCACUGCAAAGAACCACAACAUGGAACCACUGCACGGAACCACUGCAUGGAACCACUGCAAAGAACCACAACAUGGAACCACUGCACGAAACCACUGCAUGGAACCACUGCAAAGAACCACAGCAUGGAACCACUGCACGAAACCACUGCAUGGAACCACUGCAAAGAACCACAACAUGGAACCACUGCACGAAACCACUGCAUGGAGCUACACUAUGGAACCACUACAAGGAGCCACUGCAAGGAACCACAGCAUGGAACCACUGCUUGGAGCCUGUCAGGUUCUGGCUCUGUGCUCAGUUUUAUUUUGAAGAGGACUUUGUUCAUUGACCUUAUCA